UUAUUCUGCUCAGAUCACAGAGAAUAAUUCACCUGGAAUUUCAAUAUUUGCUGUCAGCGCGAGGGACUCUGAUUGGAACCAAAACGCCAGAAUCUCGUAUCUUUUAGAGGACACACAGGUCAGUGGUAGUCCAGUUUCUACUUAUGUGUCUUUAAACUCUGAAACUGGAGUUCUUAGCGCGGUUCGCUCCUUUGAUUAUGAGCAAAUUAAACAACUUCAGCUAGUAGUCAAAGCUCAGGAUGGAGGCUCUCCUCCACUCAGUAGUAAUGUGACUGUGAAAAUACUGAUCCAGGACCAGAACGACAAUCCUCCUCAGGUUCUAUAUCCAGUCCAGACUGGUGGCUCUCUGGUGGCUGAAAUGGUGCCUCGUUCAGCAGACGUGGGCUAUCUGGUGACUAAAGUGGUGGCUGUUGAUGUGGACUCUGGACAGAAUGCCUGGCUCUCCUAUAAACUGCAGAAAGCCACAGACAGGGCGCUGUUUGAAGUGGGCUUACAGAAUGGAGAAAUAAGAACUAUCCGCCAAGUGACUGAUAAAGAUGCAGUGAAACAAAGACUGACUGUUAUAGUGGAGGACAACGGGCAGCCCUCUCGUUCAGCUACAGUCAUUGUUAACGUGGCGGUGGCGGACAGCUUCCCUGAAGUGCUGUCGGAGUUCACUGACUUUACCCAGGACAAGGAGUACAAUGACAACCUGACUUUUUACUUAGUGUUGGCUCUGGCUGUAGUUUCCUUCCUCUUCAUCACGUGUUUAGUGGUUAUUAUAUCAGUGAAAAUCUACAGAUGGAGACAGUCUCGCAUCCUGUGUCACUCCAAUCUCCCUGUGAUUCCAUAUUAUCCACCACGUUACUCAGACACUUUGGGGACAGGGACUCUCCAACACGUGUACAAUUACGAGGUGUGCAGGACGACUGACUCCAGAAAGAGUGACUGUAAGUUCGGCAGAGCUGGUAGUCAGAACGUGUUGAUAAUGGACCCCAGUUCUACAGGGACGAUGCAGCGAAUGCAGAGUGAAACGAGCAUCCUGGAUGAACCAGACUCUCCUUUAGAGGUGAGUUAGGAUAACCUUACCUUUCCUCUGAUCCUGUAUGUUUUUCUCUCUUCAUCUUAAAUGGUUGCACUGAUUAUGCAUACUUGAACACCUUGCUUUAAUUUUCAGCACCAGGGAUAGCGCCUCAGGUUGUUUGAAUCAUUUUGCAAGGAUUCUGCCUCUGUAACACCCUGUGCAAACGUAGCAAUGGCUUUUAAAACCACGUUCUACGAAUUACGUUAAAAUGCAUCUCUCUUGCAUUUCCAAAUUAUAUUGUUUUUGACUCUAAGAAAACUAGAGACAUCAGGUAAAUACUUCUGUCAUAGGAUUAGAAAAAAAACAGAACCUCUCACGUCUGGUGUUGAUGACUUGUUCAAAUUCAAACCUUUCCUCACCUUUGCGCUGCUUAUCAAUAUUCAAUAGAAGUUUUAUUUUGUACGCUUUUG